GAAUUGUACCAUAACCAUAUUCUUUCCAAUCCACGGAAUGUAAAAACAGUUUAUUUUUUAUUUAUUCUAUGAGUUUAUUAUUUAAUAAAAACUAUGGACAGCACGAUACUGUUGGCUAAUGAGUAAAUUGUGCAAUCUCGAUAGUGGUUAAAUUUUGUGUCUUGGCUUACAUUAAACCAUUAACUAGAUUCACAUUAAACCAUGCAUUUUAAAAACUCCUAUAUAUCUAGUAAUUGCAAUCCAGUACCAACAACAGCUCUAGAUUGCAGCUAUAAAAAUAUUAUUGCAUAUGGUUCUUGUAAUGCUGUGCUAGUAUAUGAUCCCCAGUAUGGAAGUGGAGGUAAAGUAAUUUAUACUCUAGUUGGUCAUUCGAACAGGGUUAAUUCUGUUCGAUGGAUAAGAGGUUCUAUCCCUGAUAAAUCUCAAGAGUUGAUAUCAGGUGCAAGUGAUGGUAAUAUUAUUGUAUGGACUUUUAAAAAUGACAAAUAUCAUUCCGCUUAUUUAUAUGAUAAAGAACUCCCAAAAACUCUAAGUGUAAAUAUUGUUGAUGGCUAUUAUAAGGAUCACUCUACAGUUGUUUGUAAUGCUGUUAUAGAUGAUAAUUCAAUUAGAAUAUGGCGUAGAGAGUUCAGUGAUGAUUUUCAGUUGCAACAGAGAUUUUUAUUUGGAUCAAAUAAUCCUAGAAUUUGUGUGGGUUUGAGAAUAGGAAUAUUUUCUGAUAACAAUUUAAUAAUUUCUUGUGGAUUAGAUAAUUCAAAAAUUGAAUUACUUGUCGAACAGAAUAAGACAUGGACUGUAUUAGAUAGGCUCUCCGGACACGAUGACUGGGUUAUAGGAUUGGACUUUUACACCGAAGAUAAUGGUGACUUACUCUUAGCCUCAUCUUCUCAAGAUUCUUCAAUUAGAAUUUGGCGACUUACUUUAAAAGACAAUUCACUAACAGUAUAUUUGGAAUCUGUUUUGUCUGGUCAUGAAGGUUGGGUAUAUUCAGUAAACUGGAGUCAAAAAUAUAAGCAGCUUUUGUCUGCUUCUAUAGAUAAGAGUAUGAUCAUUUGGGAAUUUGAUAGCAACUCAGGUUUAUGGAUGGAGAAAAUCCGAGUUGGUGAAGUAGGUGGUAACACUUUAGGUUUCGGUUCAGGUCUUUUUAACUCUACUAGUGAAGAAAUAAUAGCGUAUAGUUAUCAUGGUGCAUUUCAUAUUUGGACCAAAAAUGCUCAAGAUCUAUGGGAUUCUAUGGUUACUGUUGGCGGACACUUUGAUGAAGUAGUUGAUUUAUCAUGGGAUCCUAAAGGUGAUUUCUUGUAUUCUGUUAGUAGUGACCAAACUGCUAGAAUACAUGCCCCUUAUCAGAAGUUAAAAAAGGAUGUAACUUGGCAUGAAAUUGCUAGGCCUCAGGUUCAUGGCUACGACUUAAGUUCAAUAGCUGUAAUUUCAAGGUACAUGUAUGCUUCUGGGGCAGAAGAAAAGGUGAUUAGAGUAUUUGAAGCGCCAGAAACUUACAUAAAUAAUUUAAACAGAAUAUGCCAGCUAGAAGAAGAAGGCAGGGAUAUUUCAUCAGUUCCAAAAGGUGCUUCGGUUCCCUCUUUAGGGUUAUCAAAUAAAGCAGUUUAUACUGAAGACAACAUAGAUGACACUUUGCCAAUUGAUAACAAAAAUCCCUAUCCGGAAGAGUCUCAUUUUGUUGCCCAAGUAUUAUCAGAGCCCCCAACUGAAGAAGUACUUCUUCAAAAUACUCUCUGGCCUGAAAUUCAAAAACUCUAUGGACACGGUUAUGAAAUUUUUUCUUUGGCUGCAUCACCAGAUGGAAAAUAUUUAGCUUCAGCUUGUAAAUCUACCAAAUUACAGCAUGCAGCAAUUUUUAUUUGGGAUACAUCUAAUUGGGAACAAAUUCAGUCUUUACAAUCUCACAAUCUCACUGUGGUACAAAUGCAGUUUUCUCCAGACUCACAAAAUUUACUGUCGGUCUCACGAGAUAGACGUUGGUCACUAUUUUCUAAAAAUGGAACUGGUUUAUUUGAUCUAGUUAGCACAACCAAUAAGGAGACUGGUGUACAUACCAGAAUUAUUUGGACAUGCGCGUGGACACAUGAUUCUCAAUAUUUUGCCACAGGCUCUAGAGAUGGAAAAUUGGUUUUGUGGCAUAAAAAUGUUCAGUUAGAGUCUGUACCACCUCUUGGACAAGUAAGGCAAGCAACUAGUCCAUUGGAAUUCCCAAACGAAUCAGUUACUGCAGUUGCUUUUGGUCCAGGUUUUCUUGAAGAAGCUUACAUUGUGGCAGUAGGCUUUGAAAAUGGCACUAUUGAUCUAUUCAAAAUCACUAAUUUGACGUUUGACAAAAUUGGACACUUAUCAACUGAAUUUGCACAUCACUUGACUGUGAGGAAACUAGUGUUUAGACCGCAGUUUGGUGAGGCUGGUCAAAAGAAAGAUGCCAACAGCAAAAUAUUACAACUAGCAAGUUGUAGCAAUGAUCAUUCUGUUAGAAUAUAUGAUAUAACUGUAUGAAAUAACUUUAUUUUUUUGUUAA